UUGGUGAACAGGGACGUCUGGGAUCCCGGUGUCCUGUUGGGGAUGGGUUAGGAGGCACCAGCAUCUGUGUAGCUGACAGUGGCAGGGAAGAGAAGAGAGGGGUGUCCUCUGAGGAGGAUGAGGAGGGACAAGGUCUGGAACUGACCCUGGGUCAUGACCUUGAGCAUUUAGUCCUGGACUCGCAUCAGCCCGAUGAGGUCCCAGGACCCAGUGUCAAUACCUGGAGCUCCUGCCAGCAGCAUCAGGGUCACACGGAGAAAUGCAGACUCUAGGGUCCACCCCAGACUUACUUGGGUUCAGGUCCACAUAUCUGACUUUAGCAAACCCUGAGGAUGUACACUGCCAUUUGAGACACAUUUCCCCAGAAAGAGAGGCUGGUGGGAAGAUUCCACUGAGCUGAGAGAAGCCCCCCACAGCUGAUCUUCUCCUGUCUCCAUUUGGUUGAAAUUUCACAUUUUCUUUUCUUUUGAAAGGGGAAGCUCAAAAGAAACAUGAUGCCCUGGGCUUUACAGAAGAAACGAGAAAUCCACAUGGCCAAGGCCCAUCGGAGACGAGCUGCGAGGUCUGCUCUCCCCAUGAGACUCACCAGCUGCAUCUUCCAGAGGCCGGUGACGAGGAUCAGGUCUCAUCCUGACAACCAGGUCAGACGCAGAAAAGGGGAUGAGCACCUGGAGAAGCCGCAGCAACUCUGCGCCUACCGGAGACUGCAGGCCCUGCAGCCCUGCAGCAGCCAAGGAGAAGGUUCAAGUCCACUGCAUUUGGAGAGCGUCUUCAGUAUCCUUGCAGCGGGGACGGCCAGUGAAUCUCUGGACAGAGCUGGUGCUGAGCGUGUCCACAGCCCGCUUGAGCCCACCCCUGGGCAGUUUCCAGCUGUGGCAGGGGGGCCAACCCCAGGAAUGGGUUGUCAGCUCCCACCGCCCCUCUCUGGCCAAUUGGUGACUCCUGCAGAUAUCCGGAGACAGGCCAGGAGGGUGAAGAAAGCCAGGGAGAGACUGGCCAAGGCCUUGCAGGCAGACAGGCUGGCCAGGCAGGCAGAAAUGCUGACAUGUAGAUGAAGCGCAGUCCUGGGCUUUCGGUCCCUUUCUUUUAAUGCCCAUCCUCAUUCCUACUCUGAAUUGUCACACUUUUCCC